AUGAUCCUUCCCCGCGGGCUUGUUUCGUGCAAUCGAUUACACUACUACCACGGAAUACAUGUGGAUACCCGCACACCUGGUGCUGGGAGGGAGGAGAGGGAGGAGAGGGAGGAGAGGGAGGAGAGGGAGGAGAGGGAGGAGAGGGAGGAGAGGGAGGAGAGGGAGGAGAGGGAGGAGAGGGAGGAGAGGGAGGAGAGGGAGGAGAGGGAGGAGAGGGAGGAAUAG